AUGGCACGACCAAUACCGUACAGCACAAUCCAAUCCUGGAAAUCAACCAUCUGCUCGAAGCCGGACCCAUUCAUAAGCUCCAUCCCCAAAAUCGAACUCCACGUCCACAUCGAGGGCACCCUAACGCCCAGUCUCCGCUUCUCCCUCGCCGCCCGCAAUAACCUCCCACCUAAAUCCACGCGCCUCAACAAAACUUUCCAUACCCUCUCGGAACUUGAAUCGGCCUACAAUCUCCUGGAACCAAUCAGCAUCAAAGGAUCUGGUAUCAGUGCUUUCUUCGAUGCGUAUUAUGGAGGUAUGGACUGUUUGAGGACGGAAAGGGAUUUUUAUGAUUUGGCGUGGGAUUAUUUCGAGAGGGCAAGGGGGAUGAAUGUGAGGUAUUGUGAGGUUUUUGUUGAUCUUCAGGCGCAUACCAGGAGGAAUGUGAGCGUCGAAAGUGUGCUAGGAGGCUUGGGGUUGGCGAGGGAGGACGCUUGGGAAAAGUUGGGUCUCAAAGCAAACUACAUUCUCUCCUUCCUACGAGACCUCUCUCCAGACUCAGCAAUGGAGCACUACGAGCUCGCCCUUCCUUAUCGAGAAAUGUUCGUUGGCAUCGGUCUUGACUCCAAUGAAUACGAUCGGCCUCCUCUGCUUUUCAAAGAGCUGUAUGAGAGGGUACGUGCCGAUGGCUUCAAACUGACGGCUCAUUGUGAUGUCACGCAAAAAGACACGCAUGAGCAUAUUCGUCAAGUAGUCGAGGAAUUGGGGGGAACUGGGGCCGAGAGAGUGGACCAUGGGUUGGAUGCUGCCGAGAGAAGUGAGCUGGUGGAGAAGAUCAAGGAGAAGGGGACGGGAAUGACGCUGUGCCCAUGGGCAUACGUUCGGCACCACACUGAAGCCAACUUAUUCUCACAUAUGCGCACUCUCAUGGAUGCUGGUAUCAAAAUAUGUAUCAGUUCUGAUAGUCCAGCAUACGUCGAAAGUAACUGGGUCUCUGAUAAUCUGGCGUUGUUGAAGUUGAAAGGAGGAUUUACCAACGAUGAUGUUGUGAGAGUACAGAGGAAUGCGCUUGAUAUGUGUUGGGCUGAUGAGAAAACGAGGAGAUGGUUCAGGGAGAUGCUUGAAGAUUUCGUUGAAGGUUGGGGGGGAAAGGGAAUGGAGAGUUUACCAAGCACGGAUACUGUAUCACAAAUAUAG